GUUAAAUAAAUCUAAAAUGUCUAUACCUUGUAGUUAACGCUCCAUCUACAUAGAGGCGCUGUGUUUAUGGGCUUGCCACCCGCUGAUACAGGCGGAAGUGAGCCUGCGAGUGGAUUUCCUUUUUAGUGAACACCAUUUUUUCCUCAUGGAAGAAGCUAAUAGCCAACUUAAAAUGUCUAAACAACAGUCGUUUCAUGUGUUUUUAAAUGAGCGCUUAACUGCGGCUACUGUGGAGAUUUUCGGGGAAGUUGAGAAAACGGUACUGAAAUACCAGGAGGAGAAUGAUCGGCUACGGAGACUGCUGCUGAUCACAUCGGAGGUUAAACUAUGUAGAACAGACUCCCUGCAGCUCUUUGUCUCUGAAGAGGAGGUUACCCCUGAGCAGCAGCACUGUGAGCAGGAGUGGAGCCCCAGUCUGGGACAGGAGGACCCAGAGACCAUACAGAUUAAAGAGGAACAGGAGGAAGUCAGGACCAGUCAGGAGGAAGAGCAGAUUCAAGGGCUCUUUGAUACCAAAGACUCCAUAUUCACUCCUUCCUGUGUGAAAAGUGAAUGUGAUCAGGAGGAACCAUGUCAAGAAGCCGUACGAGCUGAACACCCAACUCUCAGUCCACUGAAAACAUCUAAACUACAGUUGUUUCGUGUGUUUUUAAAUGAGCGUUUAACGGCAUCUGCUGCUGUGGAGAUUUUUGGUGCGGUUGAGGAAACUGUAACAGAGUACCAGGAGGAGAAUGAUCUGCUACGGAGACUGCUGCGGAUCACACCAGAGAUAAAACUAUGUAGAAUAGACUCCCUGCAGUUCUCUCUUUCUGUCUCUGAAGAGGAAGUUCCCCCUGAGCAGCAGCACUGUGAGCAGGAGUGGAGCCCCAGUCUGGGACAGAAGGACCCAGAGACCACACAGAUUAAAGAGGAACAGGAGGAAGUCAGGACCAGUCAGGAGGAAGAGCAGCUUCAAGGGCUCUUUGAUACCAAAGACUCCAUAUUCACUCCUUCCUGUGUGAAAAGUGAAUGUGAUCAGGACCCACUUCAGUCCUUGACUCUUCCCCAAACCCAGACUGUGGAGAACAGAGAGAGAGACUCUAACCCAGUGGAUCUCACACAUUUUGGCACUGUGACCCACAUUAAGGAUCUCUACAUUCCCUGUGACCCUCCAGAUAAUCAAAACAAUGCCUCCAGCCACAGUUCAGCUGUAAGCAGUGACCCAGUCGGACUUGACAGCAGCCCACCAUUGGAUCCCAGUCCACCAUUGGAUCCCAGUCCACCAUUAGAGAAACACUGUUCCAAACCCAGCACCACAGCUAGAAAAACUCAUCACUGCCGUGACUGUGGUGGAACAUUUGCUCUGAAAGCUGACCUGCAGAGACAUGUGACUCUCUUCAGUAAGAGACCCAGUGAAUGUAGUUCCUGCCAAAACCGCUACAAGUCCACCUGUAAACUGAAGGCCCAUGUCCGACUCUGUCACGGUGGGAAACCCUGCACCUGCCCUCUAUGUGGAAAGACCUUCAAACUCAAUGGAGAUCUGUCCAGUCACAUGAGGAUUCACACAGCAGAGAAGCCAUUUAUCUGUGGUGACUGUGGGAAAAGCUUCAAUCGAGCGGAUUUCCUAACCAGGCAUAAACUGACUCACACAGGAGAGAAGCCGUUCACCUGUGGUGACUGUGGGAAAAGCUUCAAUCGCAAGGAGACUUUAACUACUCACAAACUGACUCACACCAGAGAGAAACCAUUUAGCUGUGGUGACUGUGGGAAAAGCUUCAAUCGUAAGGUGAGCCUAACUGAACAUCAACUGACUCGCACAGGAGAGAAACCAUUUGUCUGUGGUGACUGUGGGAAAAGCUUCAUUCGGAAGGUUAGCCUAACUGAACAUCAACUGACUCACACAGGAGAGAAACCAUUUGUCUGUGGUGACUGUGGGAAAAGCUUCAAUCGGAAGGGGCACCUAACUGAACAUCAACUGACUCACACAGGAGAGAAACCAUUUAGCUGUGGUGACUGUGGGAAGAGAUUUAUUCAGAACAGGGCACUAAGUAGACAUAUACUGAUUCACACAGGAGAGAAAUCAUUUAGCUGUGGUGAAUGUGGGAAGAGCUUUAUUCAGAAGUGGGACCUAAGGAGACAUAUACUGACUCACACACGAGAGAAACCAUUCACCUGUGGUGACUGUGGGAAAAGCUUCAAUCGCAAGGAGACUUUAACUACGCACAAACUGACUCACACCAGAGAGACACCAUUUAGCUGUGGGGACUGUGGGAAAAGCUUCAUUCAGAAGGGGGUCCUAAUGAGGCAUAUACUGACUCACACAGGAGAGAAACCAUUUAGCUGUGAUGCCUGCGGGAAGAGCUUUAUUCUGAAGGGGGACCUAAGGAGACAUAUGCUGAUUCACACAGGAGAGAAACCAUUCACCUGUGGUGACUGUGGGAAAAGUUUCAAUCGUAAGCAGACCUUAACUACGCACAAACUGACUCACACCAGAGAGAAAUCAUGUAGCUGUGGGGACUGUGGGAAAAGCUUCAAUCGGAAACAACAUGGCUGCUCAGUCUGUGAUAAAAUAUUCAUUCAGAAGACUAAUCUGCUAACACGUGAAAAACAUCCACAAAGAAAAUGAAUGAGCACACAGACAGGGGACUAGGAGAGUAUUGAGAUACACCUGUGGACCAACUCUAGCUGGUCCUCCUGAUCCUGCUCAGUCCAAUGUCACAGUAAUGAUAUAAUGGGGCUGUUGUCUGAGCCUAACAGGUAAUGUUGCUACUCUUGGUGUAUGAAAUGGACAAUCUGCAGUUCAGACAACCACCACUUUUUAGGUGAACAACUGAGGGAUGGUGUUGGAGAGUUGUGAACACUCAAUGUCGUAGUCAGAUAUGGAUACAAUAUGUCCAGAUCUGAUGCAGGUUUUCCAAUAGGUGGCCCGUUGGUGGUUUUUAUUUGCCCCCCAAGUUUUCUAAGCAAAACAAGAUUUCAUUUAAAAAAAUAUAUAAUAUUUGGUCAAUCUGUUCCCAAGUAUUCCCACUUGUAAAUAGAUUUACAGUACCAGUCAAAAGUUUGGAUACACCUACUCAUUCAAGGGUUUUUCUUUAUUUUUACUAUUUUCUACAUUGUACAAUAAUAGUGAAGACAUCAAAACUAUGAAAUAACACAUAUGGAAUCAUGUGGUAACCAAAAAAGUGUUAAAUAAAAAUAAAUGUAAUGUUUUAGAUUCUUCAAAGUAGCCACCCAGAUGUAUCCGAUCUCAAGAAAUUGUAGACAACAUCCCCCUUAUACAAUCAAUGUGAGCAUUACAUAACCAGGGGAGUAGUGAUUGGAUAAGAGGGAUGUUUUGUAACCAGGGGAGUAGUGAUUGGAUAAGAGGGAUGUUUUGUAACCAGGGGAGUAGUGAUUGGAUAAGGAGGAUGUUUUGUAACUAGGGGAGUAGUGAUUGGAUAAGGAGGAUGUUUUGUAACUAGGGGAGUAUUGAUUGGAUAAGGGGAUGUUUUGUAACCAGGGGAGUAGUGAUUGGAUAAGGGGGAUGUUUUGUAACUAGGGGAGUAGUGAUUGGAUAAGGGGGUAUUCCUGUAUUGUGUGAAUCAGAUGUAACUGGUAGAGGGAGGAGUUUACAAGCGAGGCUGGACUGUAUAUAAGUCAUUGUUGGCAGGUUAUUUGUCUUUGUCUGCAGACGGCCUGUUUUUAGAACCUCUCUCUCUGGGGCCUUUUUGAUAAAUAUUCUACUGCUGUAUUUUGUUGUUAACUUUUUCUGAAUUCUAAGACAUCAGUUAGAGGUAAGCUUCUGCUUUUUACCCACACGUGCAGGGUCAUAUAAUUAGUGUUUUUCUUUAGGAACAGGAUUGUGUUUCCUGGAGGUGGAGAGCUAGAGAAUCCAUAGGAUGUGUAGACUGAUUAUAAAAGGCUUUGCUUGAAUAAAUACUGUCUGUGCAUUUCCUCUGGAGGGGCCACCGACCCAAAUAGACCAGAGGGUUUCCUCUUUGUUACUGUGUUGGGUCCAUGCUUUGGGAUGUGUGUGUCUCAGCAUGACAAGGUGAGUAUACCUCUUUCAUCUCGUAGGACACUAGGUUCCAGUCCUUUGAGGAACUCCUGGUCCACAAGUGAAGGGUUUGUGACGCGCAUCCCUGGGUGUAAAACAAAAGUAUUUAUUUAAUAAUAAACAGUUGCCGAGCUGAGAAAUUAUACACCCCC